AUGUUUGAAAAUGUGCAGCAAGGUCCGGUGGACCCUAUGUUCGUCUUGAAGCGGGAUGCGGACAGCGAUGCGUCUCCGGACAAGGUGGAUCUCGGUGUCGGGAUUUAUCGCAAUACGGAGGGGAAGUAUCAUGAAAUGGGAGUCCUGCGGGAGGCUAAAAGAAUCCUGGAGCAAAACAACCCCGGACAUGAUUAUGAAUCUACCACAGGGAAGCCAGCGUUUCUGAAAGAUGCAGCGGCUGUCAUGUUCGGCGAGGAGUGCGAAGCAUUGAAUGAUGGGCGUAUCACAUCCGUCCAAACCAUCUCAGGUACAGGCGCAAACCACCUGGCCGCUUUGUUUCUAGCGCGAUGUGCCGGCUCCAAGCAGAACACGGUGUACGUGGGUACACCAACCUGGGGAAACUACGAGCCCCUCUGCUCUCUGGUAGGCUUGCAAGUGGUCAAGUAUCGAUACUACGACCCCGAAACCGCCACAGUCGAUUUCACAACCCUACUCAACACUGUCUCCAGCGCACCACCAAACAGCAUCUUCAUCCUCCAAGGAUGCUGCCACAACCCCACCGGAGCAGACCUAACACCAUCACAGUGGGACGCGCUCGCAGAGGCAAUGAAGAAAGCCAACGUCUUUCCAUUUCUGGACAUCGCCUACCAAGGUCUCGGCGGGUCAAUGGAUGAAGAUGCCUACCCGAUCAGGCUAUUUACGGAGAUGGGGUUCGAAAUGGUUGUUUGCCAGUCGUUUUCUAAGAACUUGGGAUUGUAUGGUGAGAGAUGCGGGGUGCUUCAUGUCGUCAACUCAAAUGCUGCGAUUGCUUCGCGUGUUUAUGAUCAGUUGCGCUGUUUGAUUCGGUGGGAAUUUUCUUCGUCGCCGGCUUAUGGGUCGCGUUUGGCGAGUAUUGCUAUGGGCCCGGACUUGAAGGGGCAAUGGUCUGACGAGCUAGUAGCCAUGCGCUCUCGGCUACUCGACAAUCGACAAAAGCUUUACCAGGCUUUGCAGAACACACCGGGCAACUGGGACGUAAUCUUGACGACAAAAGGUCUUUUCGCCUGCUUGCCUCUGAAUCCACUUCAAUGCCAACAACUGCGCACAACGCACCACAUCUAUCUACCGGAUAAUGGCCGUAUCAAUGUUUCCGGACUGAACCCAACUAAUGUCAACCAGGUGGCCGCUGCCAUUGAUUCUGUGACGCGGAUUUGA